AUGUAUUGUAUCCUGACGUACUCAGAGGAUUUGCGUAUUAAUACAGCACUUCCAUACACAUCACUUCAGGAGGCCUGGCGGGAGAAGCUGGCGGCAUUUGCAACGGCUAUCAACGAAAAAGCAUCGGUUGCCAUGGAACCACUGAUACCUGCGGGUAGCACUAUAACCGUUGCGAAG